AUGGAGGAGGAGGAUGCCUGGGACGUAGAGGAGAGCUUCCUCAACCCCUUCUCCGAGAGGGCUCAGGUUCUCUUUGACAUCCGCAAGUGCAGGACUGGGGAUUCCUCCGACUUGCUGUGCACCGGCGGUCUACUGGACCUAGUCCGCGGAAGCCUGACCUGCAGCACGGAGGAGGAGUUCGAGCAGAUUUACAAUCUGGCCUUGACUCUCACAGUGGAGAACGACCACGCCACCGUCGUUCGAGUAAAGAAUGGGUUCCAUUCACCUUCUGCUGGUGGAUACUGCGACCUGAAGCUCUUCCUGCUCAUUGCGCAUGACAAGCCCGAGGAUGGUGCAACAGACGGGUUGAAGGUGUGCCACAUUUGUGAGCUUCAAGUUCACCUGAAGCAAUUCUUGGCAUGCAAGAAGUUCACGCACUUGCCCUAUGUCAUUGACCGUGGUGACUACGAUCAGACUUGA